AUGCGGAUCCCACGUCGAUCUGUUAACAGCUAUGUCGGGCUACAACUUCCGAGCCUCAUCACGCUGCCUAGCUCUGUUGAACAAUCGCCAAUCUCGGAGAAGUCGAUCUCAGAGAAGUCUAUUUCGGAGAAGUCAAGUUUACGGAAAAUUAUCGCAGAGAAGUGCGUACAAGAUGGCAUAGAAGUUGUACCGAUCGAAAGAUCAAAGAGCUGUACUACCAAGAUCCUUAGUCCUGGUCAAGAGGAAAAGGAAGUUGUAUUUUUCCCAGAGUCAGAUGUCGAGAGCGCCAAAGAAGAUACGUUGAUUCCGCCAUCAUCUUGGUGGGGUCGCUUGAGUAUCAAACGGCGUGUCAUACUCGUAUUGGGCAUUCAAGCCUGCUUGCUACUGAUACUGGGACUUUGUCUGUUCUUUACGGUAAAACGUAGCUAUACGGACAAGAAAGCAUCUUCGAGCUCAGUCAAUUCCUCAGUCAUAGCGAGCGUACCCAAACCUUCAUUUCCUCGAGGUGCCUUUGUCCUAUCGGGCACAAGCACUACGGAUCGAGAAAGACAUCCAGGCUGCCUCACGUCGCUCAAUGAGACAGCAGCGUGGGAUUGCCGGAAUCGAACAAUCUUAAUCAAUUUCCUUCCCUCACCAUCAGAGGAAUCCAACUCAGCGAUGGCAUUCCUACAGUUCAUUCUCCCAGACUGGAACUCAUCGAAUUGGCCAAAUGCAUUCUAUGGACCUCAAAACCCAGGAUCCAGUCCACUCACUUUCGAAGUCGACACCAGCCUCCUAUCGACCAGCGAUGGACCCGCAUAUCAUUUUCGUGCAGUCUACAAUCGCGCAGUACUUCUCCCACGGGUCUCUCAGGACACAACGCCAGCUUUUGUGACCCCAUUGGAACCAAACAGCACCCCUUGGCUCUGCACGUUCAACGAGACAGUCAUUGAGGGAUACAUCUAUCCGUCAUUGAAUUCGUCAAAGAGCGGUCUCACUUACGUUUCCGACGAUUUAGGAAACAACGGGAAUGUCCCUUCAGCAGGCAGAGAAAUCCCGUACCUACCCUACAUCACCAAAAUCAUAGAACAAAAAACACCAGGAUCGAUACAACCCCAAUGCACAAUGGUGAGCGAAGGUGACCAAGGUCACACUGAGCCAGUGCAAGGAGUCGCCCCAAUAAAUUUAAUAGAGCCGAAUGUAAUUUCAAAAGCAGAUGCCGUCAAAGCGGUGAUAGAUAUGAGAAGGCAGGAACAGGACACAGAUUGUCGCUGCCAGUGGACAUACUUUUAG